CGUGCAUCUCACGCAAAGACUAACGACGCCUGCUCGCGAUCGCAGCUGGAUGGAUCUGUUUUACUAUAUUCCUGAAAGCCCAUUGUUGACUAUUCGCUGAGGGUUCAUUGGUGUGUGGAUACUGUCCUCGAGCAUGUCAAAUGAAUUCUGGAUGUAUGAGUUAUGCUUUGAUAUUAUGCCGCGAUGAAAUAACUUGCAAAUCAAGUACAGUCAUGUACUUCUCCAGUGACUACCGGUAGCGCAUCUAAGUGGAUAAAACUGAGUCACGAUUGAUGAUCAUCCUGGAGAUGGUAUCGUAGAUCUUGUCUUGCUCGUCUAGCGAUGUUAAGGAACAGCAGCACAGCUUUGUGAAGUAUUGAAGCACUCUUGAACAUCUUGGAAGUCGUUUGAACAGGGAUACAUUCCGCCAUGGAGAGCAGCGUAGACUUAUCGUUAGAUGACCAACUCUGCAUCGCGUCCACGCACAAUGCAAGCGGAUUCUGUGGUCAGGGGGUGAACGCAAAUCACGCGACAGUUCAGAAUGCGAGUGUUGACAACAUUGAUACGGUAGAUGCAGUUUACGUAAUGAUAUUUGGAAUCUUCGGUGGAACAUUAGGGAAUAUCUUAAUGCUGAUGGUUAUCGGGUUAGACAGGAAGCUAUGGACCGUACCAAAUACGUUUGUUGUAAGCAUAGCAAUCUCGGAUCUACUUGUGACCGCGGAAGCUUUUCCUCUGAUAUUUGUGAAUAAUAUUCGUGGGCGGAAUAUUUUGGCUGUCAAUGGCGACGGAGAACUGGCAUGUAAAUUCCAAUGUGCUGUUCAUAUCUUGUCCGUGAGCGUAUCGCUUCUUGGUAUAAUGGCUGUAGCAAUAAAUAGAUACCUCUGUGUUUGUAGAGUUGGUUUGUACAAGAGAAGAUUCGGAAUGCGGACAGCGAUUCUGCUCAAUGUGUUCCUUUGGACGUGUUCGUGCGCAGUCACGGUCAUUGCCGUGUGGUACGAUCUAGUUUCGACGAAGUACAUCCCAAGCCUUUCGUCAUGUGGAUUCCAGCACAAUCUAAGCAUUUUAUACGUCUAUGUCAGUAACUUUACUUUCAUCUACAUGCCAAUGAUUGUGACGUUGAUCUGUUACAUCAACAUAUAUAGAGCGUUAUCCCGGUCAACAAGACGCUUCUCAAAAGGUGGUUCCCGGAUUUUCCGGAGACAGGAUUCGGGUGCUACAGGCUGCGCAAAGUGUUUGCCUCCGGUGACCAAACGAGACAUCCAAACCAUAAAGGUCCUGUUCCUUACUUAUGCGGCAUUUGUGAUAUGUUGGCUGCCUUAUACUUUCAUGUCUUUCAUUGCCGUUUACGGGACGAAGCAUUUGCUAGCCUAUAAGAUCACCGUUCGAAUGUGCCUGAGCAACUCCUGCGCCAACAGCGUCGUUUAUGGAAUAUUCAAUAGACGAUUCAGGAAAGGUUACAAGAAGAUCAUAUGCUGCGAGUUCUUUAGGUUUACACGAAACGGUUCGCCAUCAACGUCACCAACCGGCAGUUGGAAAAACAAAGAAACGAAUGACAAUGAUUUGGUGAACAACGUCAUUUUAUAAUUUUUACUAUGAUCAUCACGAAUACACUUUAUCACUUAUGAUGACCCUCUUUAAUAUUCUAAUCAUUCAAUAUCACUAAGGAAUACAGUUAUUACUUUUGCUCCAGAUACACGAGGAACAUUAAUUUUUAAAUUUAAAGAAUAUUACAAGUGUGAAAACCGAGCAAAAUAGACAAAACACCAAUAUGCACACCGAGUGAACAUAAUUUUAAUUAUGUAUAGGACAACAAAUUUUUGCCAGCUUACGGGAUAAUCAUUUGAAAAAAUUGUCGCGAAAGGAUUAUUUCUCGGCGCGGAACUCAGUAAUAGUGGGUACAUUUUAUAGCGAGGGCAUAUAGACAUGCGGAUUCAUCUUCAUUCUCCAUGCCGGCACAAUGUUCUUUUGUGCUGCAACGCAAAAAUGUUUAACGGAGCAGCGAUUUUCAACAUUGUCAAUGCGUACGUACUCUUGAUACUAUACAAUAAUUUCAUAUAACUUUAUUUUCUAAUUACACGUAUAUAUUGGUAGUAAUUGGGACAUGGUUUCUUCCGUUUUGUACUUAAUUGUAACCUUA